UGCGCGUGCCAUGUCACAUCUAUUUACUUUACCUCUUUGCUUUUACUGGCAGUUUGCCUAACUUCGUGCAUAAAAGAGGACUAAAACAUGGGUAAACGGCACUAAAAUCCAAACCUGGUCUUCGUAUUCAUCGAAUAUGUUUUGCUCGCUCGAUUUUGUAUGAUAUAUAUAUAUAUAUCUCUUUCAUAACCUCAUGGAAUUAGUUUGCUUUUAUGUUGGAUAAGUAAUACAAAAUACUUUAUUGAAUAAUGACUUGGUUUUGGAACUAAUAGAUUUUUAAAGGGAGCUCUCUUGAGGCUAUUUUAAAUGUAAAGCCUGUGUCUGAAAUGAAUUACUCCUCCAAGUGAACUGGACAGAACUAAACCAUGGAGAAUGUUACUUCAAUUCCAGAUAACCAGACGCUUGGUCCAUGGACUGAUUAUAGCAUGGAAUACAAAGUGGUCAGCAUAUUUUUUGUGAUUCUCAUCUGUGGGAUAGGAAUAGUUGGAAAUGUUAUGGUGAUUCUAGUUGUUCUUACAACCAAACACAUGCGGACACCCACCAACUGUUACCUGGUGAGUUUGGCGGUGGCCGACCUGAUGGUUCUGACGGCGGCGGGACUGCCGAAUAUUACACAGAGUUUGUAUGGAGGAGGCUGGGUGUACGGAUACGUCGGGUGCCUUAGCAUCACUUAUUUCCAGUACUUGGGCAUCAACGCGUCUUCGUGCUCUAUCACCGCUUUCACUAUUGAGCGGUACAUAGCCAUCUGCCACCCUAUAAAAGCGCAGUUUAUGUGCACUCUGUCAAGAGCAAAGAAAAUCAUAGUGGUCGUUUGGGCUUUUACCUCGCUCUACUGCGCCAUGUGGUUUUAUCUGUCUGACACGAACGAGUUGAUUUACGACAAUAUUACCGUGGUCUCAUGCGAAUACAAAGUGUCAAGAAAUCUUUACCUGCCAUUUAUCUACUUCAUGGACUUUGCCAUGUUCUACGUGGUGCCCCUCAUGCUAGCCACGGUUCUGUAUGGAUUUAUCGCUAGAAUUCUUUUCCUCAACCCAUUGCCGGCUGACCCCAAGGAAAACACAAAGUGGAAAAAAGAAUCAUGCCAAGGAAAUAGGAUGACGAGCACCAACAAUUCAUCCUGUAGCACAACCAUCCGCUCUCGCAGGCAGGUGACUAAGAUGUUAGCUGUGGUGGUGGUGCUCUUUGCCCUCCUCUGGAUGCCCUACCGGACGCUGGUGGUGGUAAACUCCUUCCUGGACAAGCCUUACCUGGACCUCUGGUUCCUACUCUUCUGCCGCAUCUGCAUCUACCUGAACAGCGCCGUCAACCCUGUCAUCUACAACGCCAUGUCUCAGAAGUUUCGCACCUCCUUCAAGAAGUUGUGCCACUGCGGUCCGCAGCGAUUGGAGAAGCCGGCAUCUUACAGCUUGGCCCUGACCUACAGCGCCAUCAAGGACACAACCAAUGGAGAGAGCCCUGACCACUUCACUACCGAGAUGGAUGAGCUGGCCACACCCACACCCAGUGACCAGUUCCUGCCCAGCACCAAGAGGAUAUCAUUCGAGGACACCUCUCUGUCAGGCAGGGUUGCCCUUUGCACUGCCUGACGGGAAAAAUAACUCCAUUCAGGCAACAAUGAUUACCUGAAAGGAUCUUCUUAUCCUUAAGCUCUAGUUUGUGAAUUCAAAAUGGUCUCCAGCAGCAUACUUCCAAUUCUAUUCUAUAACUCAUUUUCUGUCGAGGAAUUGAUUUAAUAUUUGAGCAGUACAACGGCAAACAUUAAAUGCCCAAAAAUGUGUUGUUAACAGAGGAAGUACUACUUCAUUUCUUUAUCUAGCAUGGUGAAAAUAUAUUCUCCCCUCUCUCUGUAGCCAUCUUAGCACAAAGCACCCAAUUGUAGGCAUGGUUUAAAUCCGUCCUAAACAUUGUGUGACACACACAUUUCAUUUGCAAGGUAAUAAUCAUACUGCUUUCACAUACUGCGCAACAGUUGCCAUCUCUGUAAAGUGUUUUCCUACAAGGGAAAUAUAACAAGGGAAAGAUGUUAUCCCUCUUUUUAUCUGGAGAGGUGUAGGCCAGGAACUCAGUGUGUGUGUGUGUGUGUGUGUGUGUGUGUGUGUGUGUUUGUGUGUGUGUUUUAAAGAUAAGCUCACUCUACAGGAGGAAUCAAACUGUCUGGGCUGUUGUUAAAACCACCCUGCUACCUUCCAUGUUUUAAAACAGCACAGAGAGAAUGUGAUCACUGACCACAUUUCAAAGGCAGAAUUCAAAGGAGGCAGAGUAUCAAAACUAUCUCUGCUCAAGGGGUGUAAAUAUCACACAUUGCUUUAAAUUGAAACCUGCCUGUCAGGGAAACAGAGAUGAGGUGGGAUGAAGUUUAUUUAAAGGUUACAGAUGAUGAAAAGGACUGAUAACAAAGCAAUGACACGCCGGAUCUGUCAUCCGUUUGAUUCCUCAAUACCAUUUGACUUUAUAGUAACCUUAUUGGCUAAGAGGUUCACCCGAUAUGAAACGUUCCGCAGGGGCUAGUGUCAAAAUGUAGCAUGGUUAAACAUCCUGCUGUACCUGUAAUGGACUACUGAGGUGUGGAUUCAAUCAACAAGUGUUGGAAGGUCCAGAGUACAUAGCGAGAAAGAUCUUUGAUGACUCAGACACCUGGGUGGUUGAUGGUUGUCUCUAGGUCAGGGGCCUGACAUGACCAGACCAAACAUUACGUUGACAUCCUCAACAGCAGAGACUAAUGGUAGCAUUUCCCCAUAAUGGAUCCCCCCAGGCACAACCCGCAGAGCAAAGGGGAGAUGAGAGGAUUCAUCAAUCAAUUCAUCAGUGUCAAAAAAAGAAAGAAAAAAACAUAAAAGGAAUGAGCAUUGAUUUCAUUUAGAAUUCAAAUAAGGAAAAAAUAGAACGUUUGUUGUUGUUUAUUUUAUACUGAUGAAACGCCCUCUCUGUCCCUUUUAGGAUACUGUAAAAAUGCUUGCAAAUGAUUGUGCGUUGCCAUGUGAAAUUGAUGUACAAUGUACAUUUUCGAUGUACGUUUCAGACCUGCUUUCAAUUCAAACCUUUGUACCAUUUACAUUGUGUCUGCCAGUAGAGCUAUUUUGUAAUAACAUAGUUGGUUUUGUUCAGUUUUAUUGUUUGUUCCCAUCAAUAUACAGUAUUUUACUAUGGAGCGAUCAAUGUGGAGCUACGCUCUUCUUCUUUGGUAACACUACAACUACAGUAGGUUUCAAAGAAGGUACGUGAAAUAAUUAUCUGUCCCUCUUGCACUUUCAUCUACUAUCUCCGUUGCACAGUUUCCACCAUUAGAGGGAGUGGUGCCUGGUAGCGAGUUUGCAGCAUGGACACUGUAAAACAAAUGAUGUUGUGGUGUGAUUUCAAAAAGACAGACAUCUAUGUGCAGUAUACAGUUAUUCUUCAGUCGGCAAUGUUGUGUAUCCUGGUCUCCCUUUGCUGGCAGUUCUCUGCAUUGUAAAAACUACCCUUGUUGUUUGGAUGGUUUGUGUUUUGUA